GGAAAAGGAGGGGUCCCAAAGCAAGCGGGGUCUAAGGAGCCGGCCGGUCCUGCCACACUCAAGAUGGCGGCGCGGCAGCGGCGAGGUCCCUCAGAGGCGGAACCAGCGCAUGCGCAGCGCGGAGUCCCGGCCCGGGACACAAGAUGGCGGCAGCGGCGUUGGGGAGGGCGAGGCGGAGGCGGCAAAACGGGCGGUCGAGCAGAACGUGUAACCGCGUCCCCUCGAGUCCGCUGCGGGCAGUUGCUGAUGCAAGGAAUCCCCUGGGCCCCCGUCCACUCCACUGCUGACCAGCCCAUCCGCCUGCGCUGUGCUUUCCUGCAGGCCCCCCCACCCACUGCCUCUGUGGGACCCGGUGACGUGGGGGUCCAUCUGGCCGGAGAAGAAAACCCUCUCAUGCUAGCGUUGCAGACCCCAGAGGGUCCGGUGUGGGUGCUGAGAUGGCCAAUGAGAAUCACGGCAGCCCCCGGGAGGAAGCAUCCUUGUUGAGUCACUCCCCUGGCACCUCCAGUCAGAGCCAGCCCUGUUCUCCAAAGCCCAUCCGCUUGGUGCAGGACCUCCCAGAGGAGCUGGUGCACGCAGGCUGGGAGAAGUGCUGGAGCCGAAGGGAGAACCGCCCCUACUACUUCAACCGGUUCACCAACCAGUCCCUGUGGGAGAUGCCCGUGCUCGGCCAGCACGACGUGAUUUCGGACCCUUUAGGGCUGAAUGCAACCCCCCUGCCCCAAGACUCAAGCUUGGUGGAAACCCCCCUGGCUGAGAACAAGCCCCGAAAGCGGCAGCUCUCGGAAGAGCAGCCCAGCGGCAAUGGCGUGAAGAAGCCCAAGAUUGAAAUCCCCAUGACGCCCACGGGCCCGUCAGUCCCCAGCUCCCCCAGCAUCCCAGGAACCCCAACGCUGAAGAUCUGGGGCACGUCCCCUGAAGAUAAACAGCAGGCAGCUCUCCUCCGACCCACAGAGGUGUACUGGGAUCUGGACAUUCAGACCAACGCGGUCAUCAAGCACCGGGGGCCUUCGGAGGUGCUGCCUCCGCACCCUGAGGUGGAGCUGCUCCGCUCACAGCUCAUCCUGAAGCUCCGGCAGCACUACCGGGAGCUCUGCCAGCAGCGAGAGGGCAUUGAGCCCCCCCGGGAAUCCUUCAACCGCUGGAUGCUGGAGCGCAAGGUCGUGGACAAAGGCUCUGACCCCCUGUUGCCAAGCAACUGUGAACCGGUGGUAUCACCUUCCAUGUUUCGCGAAAUCAUGAAUGACAUUCCCAUCAGGUUAUCCCGAAUCAAGUUCCGGGAGGAGGCCAAGCGUCUGCUCUUCAAGUACGCAGAGGCGGCCAGGCGGCUCAUCGAGUCCAGGAGCGCGUCUCCUGACAGCAGGAAGGUGGUCAAGUGGAACGUAGAGGACACCUUCAGCUGGCUGCGGAAGGACCACUCCGCCUCCAAGGAGGACUACAUGGAUCGCCUGGAACACCUGCGGAGGCAGUGUGGCCCCCAUGUCUCGGCCGCAGCCAAGGACUCCGUGGAAGGCAUCUGCAGCAAGAUCUACCACAUCUCCCUGGAGUACGUCAAACGGAUCCGAGAGAAGCACCUUGCCAUCCUCAAGGAAAACAACAUCCCAGAGGAGGUGGAGGCGCCCGAGGUGGAGCCCCGCCUGGUGUACUGCUACCCGGUGCGGCUGGCUGUGCCCGCACCGCCUGUGCCCAGCGUGGAGAUGCAUGUGGAGAACAGCGUGGUCUGCAUCCGGUACAAGGGCGAGAUGGUCAAGGUCAGCCGCAACUACUUCAGCAAGCUGUGGCUCCUUUACCGCUACAGCUGCAUCGAUGACUCUGCCUUCGAGAGAUUCCUGCCCCGGGUCUGGUGUCUGCUCCGCCGGUACCAGAUGAUGUUCGGCGUGGGUCUCUACGAGGGCACGGGCCUGCAGGGCUCCCUGCCGGUACACGUCUUCGAGGCCCUGCACCGGCUCUUCGGCGUCAGCUUUGAGUGCUUCGCCUCGCCCCUCAACUGCUACUUCCGCCAGUACUGUUCCGCCUUCCCCGACACAGACGGCUACUUUGGCUCCCGCGGGCCCUGCCUGGACUUCUCUCCGCUGAGCGGCUCUUUUGAGGCCAACCCUCCCUUCUGCGAGGAGCUCAUGGACGCCAUGGUCUCUCACUUUGAGAAACUGCUUGAGAGCUCGCCAGAGCCCCUGUCCUUCAUCGUGUUCAUCCCCGAGUGGCGGGAGCCCCCAACCCCAGCGCUCACCCGCAUGGAGCAGAGCCGCUUCAAGCGCCACCAGCUGGUUCUGCCUGCCUUCGAGCACGAGUACCGCAGCGGCUCCCAGCACGUCUGCAAGAAGGAGGAGAUGCACUACAAGGCCGUCCACAACACGGCCGUGCUCUUCCUGCAGAACGAGCCCGGCUUCGCCAAGUGGGGGCCCACGCCCGAGCGGCUACAGGAGCUGGGCGCCGCCUGCCGGCAGUCGGGCCGCAGCCACAGCUCCAGCGGCUCCGCGUCCUCGGAGGCCAAGGACCGGGACUCAGGCCGGGAGCAGGGCCCGAGCCGAGAGCCGCACUCCACUUAACACAGCCUGCGGGGAGGAGGAGCCCCUGGGUGCUGCUGUGGACUGCUGGGGCUCUGGGGGCGGGGUGGACCCCAGGACCCGCCUCCUGGGGCAGCUGCCAAUGACAUAGGAAGAUGUGGCUCUGCCAGGGUGUCCCCUCCCUGCCCACGUCCCCCCAACUCCCUGCCUCACACUCACUCCAGGCCCCCUGUAAAUAGGCCCCAUCCUUCCCUCCCUCCCUUCACCCCAUCCUGUUGCCACCUUGUUUCAUUUGUAAAAGGAAAUACAGAAACCCCCCCGA